UUCUUGAAACAAACGAAGAAGAUCAUAAAGCGAUAAGGAAAUCACACUAUCUUCACAAAGACAGAUUUCUCAUUCUUCAGAUCUUCCUUAGUAAAUGAUACCUGAAUGAAACGGAAAUGAUACUUCUGCAAUCUCACUCCCGAUAUCUUCUUCAGAUCUUGACCAAUCGUGUCGAUAAUAUAGAGAAAGGAAUUGAAUUAGAUUGCCAAUGGAUUGAGUUUGAUGACAUUCGCUACCAUAUUCAGGUAACAGCGAAGAAUCCAAAUUUCCUGUUGUUGUCUGUAUCAUUGCCUACGCCACCUUCAGAUGUUGUAUUUCUUGGAGGACUUCCAGUUGGAGCCAUAGAGUCCAUUAAAGAAGCAUAUGGAGUAGUUGCACAAAUCCUUGAUCCUCCAAGAGAUGGUUUCAAUCUCACUCUGAAACUGAAUUUGUCAAAACUUCCACCAGAUGAAGGAUAUAAGAAUAGUAUUUUGGUAAAGAUUGCAUCGGUUAGGGAAGUAGUUUUGGGUGCUCCACUAAGACAAAUUCUCAUAUGCCUUGCUUCAAGGACUGUUGCUUCAAAUGCAGAGAAGUUGGUUGCACUUGUACAUCGUCCUAUGGAAGCGUAUUUCCUUGCUCCUCAGGCAGACAAAGUGACUGUAGUGUAUCCUAUGAGAUUCAAGGAUUCUAUUGAUACAAUUGUGGCUACUUCUUUCCUACAGGAAUUUGUGGAAGCUAGACGUGCUACUGGACUCAGUAAUGCUCCUCCAUGUUCAUGGAGUUCUUCCCCGCCUUCAGAAUUGAAGGGAGUGGCUGUUGAAGAAUUAUCUGCUAAUGCUGGAUUUGUUUCCUUUGUAAUCUUCCCACGCCACGUGGAAGGCAAGAAACUCGACAAAACCGUGUGGAACUUGUCCACAUUUUAUGCAUACGUCAGUUACCAUGUUAAGUGUUCAGAAGGUUUCAUGCAUACACGGAUGAGACGUCGUGUGGAAUCACUGAUUGAGGCACUGGAUCGUGCAAAGCCAGAUAAUGAGAAGAAUGCAGGGACGACUAGUACGCAAAAUGGAUCGUUCAAAAAACUGUCCAUAAAGGAAGGGAGGAGUAGCAGGAAUUAGUGAAUGGAUGAAGGACAUAAGUUUUGAGAAGAAUUGUUUCGUGGAUUAUACUCUUGAUUGUCUCAUUUUGAACAUUUUGGAAUAGAUUUUGGGCAUUGAACAUAAUGUUUUAUUUAGCUGUAAUUCUAUCCCAUUUUUUAAAAAUAAAACAACUGUAAGUCUAUUUGCAAUUAAGCAAUUAGUUGUUAAUAAAACAGCUGUAAUUUU